CGCGCGCACAAUUCAGUUCAUCUUGAGGUAAAAUGGCGACGGCUGCCAUUUCCACGGAGUUCAAGAAAAUAUCGGAUUUAAGAGUUGUUGAUCUUAAAUCCGAGCUCAAACGAAGGAAUUUGGACACUUCUGGUAUAAAGAGCGUUCUCCUCGCAAGAUUGAGACAGGCGCUUGAGGAUGAAGAUGGUGACACAGAAAACAUUCAAAUCCAGCUUUCAACUGACUCAUCAACUCGGAAAGGUGGGAAAGCUAAAGGACAAGGUAAAAAAGUGGAUUCAGAUGGGGACACCACAUGGGAAGAAGAUGUGUCUUCCAAGGAAACUGAAGAGUAUGGAUCAGAAAAAGAUGUAACUGAUACAGAUGAUGGUACUCGUGAAAAUUCUAAGCCUGCCCCCUGUGAGGACAGCCUCGCUCAGUCUGAGGCUGAGGCCCUGGUUGAGGCUGAACCAGAGUCAGAAGCUGUAGCGGCUGAUUCAGAGCCUGACCCAGAGGUGGAUGCUGAGCCAGAUGUCCAUGCAGAGCCAGAGGUGGAUGAGGAGGCUGAGCUAGAGGUCGAUGCAGAUGAUGGACCAGAGGUGGAUGAGGAGGCUGAGCCAGAGGUCGAUGCAGAUGCUGAGCCAGAGGUGGAUGAGGACGCCGACCCAGAGGUGGAUGGGGAGGCUGAGCCAGAGGUGGAGACCGAGCCAGAGGUGGAGACCGAACUGGCUGAGAUGGAUGCUGAAGCCAUGAAUUCCUCUAAAGAAGCUGAGGAUGAUCACCUAUCUGUCUCAAUCCCAAAUGAAGACGCCAUCACCCUAGAUGUUGAUGGUGACGAUCUCCUGGAAACAGGUAAACAUAUGAGACUUCCAGAUCCAGAGGCCGAGAAGGGCACUGAUGAGCCAGAGGCCUCUGCUGAGACGGCCCCAGAUGACGACAAGAAGGUGGAAGAGACCGAGGGCCACAAAGAUGGUAAGAAAGAUGAUGGAUCCAGGGGUGAGCCCACGAAGAAAGACAGCAGAGAGGCCCUGAAGAAAGCUGAAACGGGAGACAAAGAAAAGGAUUCUGGGAAGAAAGGCCCCUCCGCUACUGGGGCAUCAGGUCAAGCAAAGAGCUCUUCAAGAGACAGAGAUGGAAAAGCUGCAAAAGAUGAAAAGGGAGUCAUCAGCAGUAGCAACAACAGCUCUUCUCGUAACAUAUGGGUGAGCGGCCUGUCUUCAAACACCAAAGCAGCUGAUCUAAAGAACCUGUUUGGCAAAUAUGGAAAGGUUUUAAGCGCCAAGGUGGUUACAAAUGCUCGCAGUCCUGGUUCAAAGUGUUAUGGCUUGGUGACGAUGUCUUCCAGUACAGAGGUGACGCGCUGUGUCUCCCACCUUGACUGUACAGAGCUCCACGGACAGCAGAUAUACGUUGAAAGGGCCAAAAAUGAUCCGUUCAAAAAAGAAGGCUCAAAAAAGGAAGCAGAGGACAUUGCAAGUUCCAGCAAAUCAAGUGAUAAGCGCAGUUCCACAGGAAUAAAACCAACUAACAAAGCACAGCCAUCUUACAAAAAAGAGGACAAGAAAUUGGAUAAACUCUCAGAAAAGGAAAAAGAUUUAUCCAAGAAACAGGAGGUCAGAAGUGGAAAAUCUGAGUCUGUUUCAUCUAACUCAGGGCAAGAUUCUUCGAAAAAAGAUGACAGAAAGCAUGGGUGGACAAAGAGCCCAGGCAAGAUGGUGGUGGCACAUUAUCCCAAAGGAGAUUCUAAUUUUGGCAAAAUGAGACCUUUCAGAAGGGGAAGGUAUUUUGAUAAACCCUUUGUCAACAUGAAUGUUCAAAGACGGCCAAAAUGGUUAAUUUCUCCCGAAGAGUUAGAGAUGAUGAGAGACAAACAGCGACCUUUUAUUAACAAGGGGGAAGACAUCCUGCCUUUUGAGAAGAUGAAGGAGCAGAGGAUGCGUGAACGGAUGGCUCGUCUGGAGCGUGUCCGUAGAGCCAUAGAGUUGCGCAGGCGGCGUGAAAUUGCCGAACAAGAACGCCGAGAGCGUGAGCGCGUCCGUCUGUUACGGGAGCGUGAAGAACGGGAGAACCUUCUUCGGGAGCGCCAGAGACUUGAGAUGGAAAGACAAAAACUAGAAAGGGAGCGCUUGGAGAGGGAGCGGCUUGAAAGGGAACGAAUCCGUAUAGAGCAGGAACGACGUAAAGAGGCAGAACGCAUGGCACGUGAACGUGAGGAGCUGCGGAGGCAGCAGGAGCAGCUCCGUUAUGACCAAGAAAAGAGAAACAACCUCAAAAGGGGCCGGGAGGUGGAACAUGGCCGGAGAGAUGAUUCCUAUUGGAAUGGCAACAAGAAGAUGCAGUCUGACUCUGAUGUCCGUUUGAACCAAGGCUCCAACUACAACCGGCAGCAGAACCGCUUUUCAAACUUCACUCCUCGGGAAAGGGGUCGCUUUCCGGAGGCUGCUGCCGAGCAGCCUAACACGUUUGACAGACGUAACCGGUUUGACGGUGAGCCAGAGGUAAAGAAGAGUCGCCCUGCUCCUCACAGAGAGAGCUCUGGCUUUGAGCGCUUCCCAAAGAACUUUGAAACAGUCCGCAGAGCUGAGCCACCUCCUCCUCAGCGCACCGAACUCCGGGACACCGACCGCAGGGACAGGGAUGAGAGGCGGCCUGUGCCCAUGCAGGAUCGCCCUAUGGGAGCCAGAGCUACAAUGCCUGGCAUGUCGCACAACCGCUCACCCAGGGAUGGAGGGCAUGGAUGGAAGAAUGAUGGUGGCAUAAACGCAAACAAGGGAGAUAUGCGUAAUGCUGGGUUAAACAGAGGACCUAUGCGCAUGCGUGCAGAGCGAUCGGGCAGAGAUGUCCCUGUACUUAGAGGUGGCUCCUCGGCCAGCCGCGGAAGGAGCAGCUUCAAUGAUCGUGAUGAAGGGAGACCCAUGGUCAUGAGUGGACAGCCAUUCAGCUCUGGUCGCCAGGUCGUGGUGGAGCGUCACAGCAGGGAUCAGGGACUGAGGAAGGAGUGGCACGGUGGAUCUAGCUCCCAGGGCAGGGGCUACCCUGAUAAUCGCAGAAUGGGAGCCAGCCGGGGCAGCAUGAUGGCUGCUUCAAGUCACUCUUCGUCUGGAAUGAACCGAAUUGUACAGAUCACCAACAACUCCAUUCCCAGUGGUGGCAACGUGGGUGGAUUCAAGCCCUUCAAAGGAACACCGCGGCCGUUCUAACUGCAACCAAAUUCUGUCACUUUAAAGCACCUCAAAAAAGAUUUUUCUUUUUUUUUUUUUUUUUUUUUUUAAAAGAGUAUCACCUGUUUUAGGUGGCACAUUUGUAGGCAUGAGGUUGAUCACUAUUUUAUUUUGUAUAGACAAGUGUUUACCUCGGUGUAGGGUUUUCCUGACAGUUCAGCUGUUAACAUUUAACAACCCUGUGCACACGUUUUACUUAUAUUUACAGUAGAUAUUGUACAGCCCCUAGGUCUUUGGAACACGUUUUCAAGUGUUACCAACUUCUCCUCUGAGUGUCGUAUGUACAUUUUCAUUAGUCUAAUGUCCCACUCAGUUUUCCUGUGUAAUAUUUCUUAUUUUAGUGUAUUAUAGAGCUCAUGAAGUGUAAGGGAUCAUUCACCUAUUUGGAUGUUUCUCUGUGAGGAAACUGAUGACAUUGGAGUAUUUUCUUUUUUUUUUAAGUCAUACUUGCUGUGGAUGUCCUGUUUUGUAAAGAGUAGUUGGAUUUGCUAAAACAAUGUCAAACUGUAAGCUACCCUGCAUUGUAGCAAAAUACCUCUCAAAUGCCAGUUGAAUAACUUAAAGGCCUGUCUGAAAUAAAAUUUGACUUUCAAAUCUGUCA